CAAAAGAUUGCGCAAUCUACUUACAUCAACUCUCGACGCGACAACUCGAAAAAUAUUUAAAAGCGGGAAACUCUAUGUAAGCAUUUCAUUUCAAGCUCACUCCGCUGAUCACACUCCACCACCCUCUCCCUCUCUCAGAAACUCAAAAACAAAAAUGGAGGCAAAGAAGCAGAAGAUGGAUGGCUCCUCUCAUGAAGACGUUCGUCUACCGGAGUCCGUAGAAGCGGCCAUCGAAAGAAUUACAGUGGAAAAGCAGCAGCCGCCGCUGCCGCGGAAUAGUGACGUCAGAAAAAUGCUGCGGGAGAUCGGCGAGCAGCCAUCCUUGAAGCUUCUCAACAUCAUUCACUCCUCCAAGACUCCAAUUAAAAGCUUCGGUGGCUUCGUCUCUAAGUUGGUCCGGACUUACUAUCCAAAUCAGGCGGCCGCAAUUCCCAGCCCCUACAAGUCCCCCCCUCCCACCAUCUACUCGCCCUCCUCCAUUUCUCCCAACGUUGCUCGCAAUGGUGAAAGUUUGCAGUCCUCCUUAUCUAAUCUUCAAGGGACAGGCUUUCAAAAUAUAAGUUGUCAGCUAUCUUUUGAAGAUGAGGCUCUGGAAAGCAGGAACGAGUCUAUGGCAAUUAGUCCACAGUUGUUGACCCUGAACAAACUCGAAUUUAGGAAAUUAUUUUUGCUGUUAAGCUACGCCAAUGGGCAGAAGUUGGAAGAUGUCCUAACCACAGAAGAAGCUAAUCAAGUCUAUGCUAACAAAGCUCUUCCUAUGCCUGAGUUUGAACGCCUUAUUUGGAACAAAUUUGGUUACAGAUACUGCAAUGGACUGGAUCGCAGUCAGCAUCUUGAUUGGGAUUCAGGGAAAACCCAUAUCUAUUACUGCCAUGUUAACCCAGAUGGAAGUUACUCUUUCAAGGGGCCAUAUCUUAAUAGUUCGAGAACACACCUGCAAAGAUCAUUAGGAGACGAUAAUGUACUGACAGUCAAGUUUCUAGCGAAAGAAAUAUAUCCGGCGGCACGCAAAAUUGUUGAAGAAGGACUCAUUGUCGGUCUGAGGCAGUACCGUUUUUUUGUGUUCAAAGAUGAACAGAAGAAGGCAAAGAAAAGCCAAGCUGAGGACAAUAAGUCUACUCACUCUGCUGUGAAGUGUUAUUUUGUCCAUUUAGACUCUAUUUCGUCCAAUGAUCAUGAGGAAGAUUAUGUUUUGUUUCGAAAAUCAGUCAGUGAAGCAAGGCGCCUCUUCAUGCAUAUACACACACUGUCAACCAUAGAAAAGUACAUGGCCAGACUUUCCUUGAUUCUAUCAAAGACUACAAGGAUUGAUCUUGAUUUUGCUGCUAUCAUAGUGGAGAUAAUCGAAGAUAUACCUUUCCAAGAUGAUAAUGGCUCUAUUAUUCGUGAUGAGGAUGGAAAGCCUAUCUUACAUACUGAUGGUACUGGAUAUAUCUCCCAAGACUUGGCAAUGAAGUGUUCGAAAGAUUUCUAUGCCUCAAUGCAUAAUACAAACAGUACUUUUGAGCCUCUACUAAUUCAAUGCCGUUUGUUUCAUGAUGGCUAUGCUGUCAAGGGAACUCUUCUAGUAAAUAGAAAGCUUGAACCUGGAAGAAUUCAGAUUAGACCAUCCAUGAUUAAGGUGGAAAAGGACCACUCAAUGGAGAGUGAAGAAAUUUUGAAGUUCAAUUCUCUGGAGAUUAACACAAUUAGCCGGAGACCGAACCGGAAUUUUCUUUCAAAAUAUUUGAUUUCUCUGCUGAGCUAUGGAGGGGUUCCUCAAGAGUUCUUUCUGAAUUUACUGUUUAAAGCUUUAGAAGAGACACAAAAUGUCUACUCCAAUAGGCGUGUGGCUUUGAGAGUUGCUUCCCACCAUGAUGACUGGGAUUUAGGUUUAAUGGCACAGAGAAUGAUUUGUUGUGGAAUACCUCUUGAUGAACCGUAUCUCCAACAUUGUCUUUCGAAAUUGGAAAGUAGCCAGAAAAAAAAACUUAAAGAGGGCAGGAUACCAGUGGACGAAAGCUGUUAUUUGAUGGGAACUGCCGAUCCUACUGGUGUAUUACAUAAUGAUGAAGUCUGUGUUAUACUUGAUAGCGGUCAAAUAUCAGGGAAGGUAUUAGUAUACAGGAAUCCUGGAAUGCAUUUUGGAGAUAUUCAUGUAAUGGAGGCUGUGUAUGUUAAAGAACUGGAAGAAUUUAUCGGCAAUGCCAAGUAUGGCAUUUUCUUCUCAACCAAAGGCCAGAGGUCAGCGGCUUAUGAAAUCGCAACUGGUGAUUUUGAUGGUGACACCUAUUGGGUUUCGAGAAACCCUGAGCUAUUGACAUUUUUUAAAGCAAGUGAACCAUGGAAACGUGUGUACCCAGCGCCAGAUGCUGAGAAGAGAGAUCCACGGAAAUUUUCAAGUUCGGAGUUAGAACAUGAACUUUUUCAACUAUUCCUCGACUCUAGGACACCAAGCUACAGCAUGGGCACUGCAGCAGAUAGCUGGCUCACAUAUAUGGAUCGGCUGCUGACUCUAGGUGAUGAUCGGGCAGCCGAGAAGAAUUCUCUGAAAACAAAGAUGAUUAAGUUGGUUGACAUCUACUAUGACGCACUAGAUGCACCAAAAAGUGGAAAAAAGAUCAAUGUGCCUGAUGAUUUGAAAGCAGAGUUGUUUCCGCAUCAUAUGGAAAAGGCGAUCGAGAAUAGCUAUCACUCCUCCUCCAUAUUGGGUCAAAUAUAUGAUAAUGUACUGGAAUUUAAUAGUGAUGCUGUGUCGAGAAAAGAAAUCUGGAAAUUGCCAUGCUUUAUCAUUUCAAUCCCCAACGAUUAUGUCAUCAAGUGGAAAGGUAGGUAUGACUGCUAUCGCGCAGAGAUGACAGAUGCCCUAAACUCUGUUGGUGACGUCAAGAACGAUGCCGCUAAUGAAGUGAUAAAAAAGUACAAGCAGUUGUUGUACGAUGCUCCUGAUAUGGAGGAAAGUGCAAAGGACACCCAAGUGGUCUACGAGGAAGCCCUCGCUAUAUAUCAUGUAACAUACGACUACGUGGCUAGCCAUGGAAAUGAUGUGCAGAAAUGUGGUUUUGCUUGGAAAGUAGCUGGUUCUGCGCUGUGUAAUCUCUGUGCCUGGAAAUUAGCUGGUCCGAAGGAGACGCCGUUGACGAUUUUACCGUCGUUGCUGCGCGACUUGCUCAAGUAAGCAGUAUAUAUAUGUAGAAUGGGGUUAGUAGUAUGAGUUCCUAAGUUGGGCUACCUAUGUUAGUUAAUCUCCUUGUACCGUUGCUGGCCUUUCAAACUUACCUUCUUCUAAGAAAAUGAAAAGCUGUGAACAAAGAGGCACAAGUUUCGUCAACAUAUUUAUUAGUAUGUUUUUGGCUCGAUUUUGAAUUGUGCGCAUUAAGACA